UCUGGACUUUACUCUCUCAUGUAAUCUGUAACCAGACAAACUUCACCCAAAACCCAAUCGAAUGCAAAACAAAAAAGACACCACAUUGAACCAGAAAGGAAAGCAUGGUCCAGAGGGUGGCAAUCAUUGGAGCUGGGUCCAGUGGACUGGCCUCCAUCAAGUGCUGUCUGGAUGAGGGGCUGGAGCCCACCUGCUUUGAGCAAAGUCAUGACAUCGGGGGCCUCUGGAGAUUCACAGAAGAGGGGAGGAUCUGUGUCUACAGAUCGGUGAUAACCAACACCUCCAAGGAGAUGAUGUGUUUCAGCGACUUCCCCUUCCCAGAGGAUUUCCCCAACUACAUGAACCACUCCAGGCUCCUGGAAUAUUUCAGAAUGUACGCUGAGCGCUUCAGCCUUCUCAGAUACAUACGCUUCAAGACCACAGUUCACAGUGUAAGGAAACGCCCAGAUUUCUCCACCACUGGCCAGUGGGAUGUUGUCACUGAGACUGAUGGGACGGUUGAGUUGGCUGUUUUUGAUGCUGUUAUGGUUUGCAGUGGCCAUUAUGCAGAGCCCCAUUUACCACUGGAUUCUUUCCCUGGUAUAGAAAAUCACUUUAGAGGCCAGUACCUCCACAGCUGGGAAUACAAAGACUCUGCCAGUUUCCAAGGGAAGAGAGUCCUUGUGCUCGGUGUUGGGAAUUCUGGAGGAGAUAUCGCCGUGGAGAUCAGUCGGGUGGCUGCUCAGGUGUUUCUCAGCACCAGAAGUGGCACAUGGGUGAUUAGUCGUAUUUCAGACCAUGGCUUCCCUGUUGACAUGAUGCUCAGCACUCGCUUUCACAACUGUCUCGAAAACUUCCUCCCAUCAACCCUCAUGAGAUGGCUAAGGCUGAAGAAGUUCAAUAUAUGGUUUGACCAUGCAAAUUAUGGCUUGAUUCCUCAGAAAAGUCCAAACCUAAGCUUAAUUGUGAAUGAUGAGCUGCCAAGCUGCAUCCUCUGCGGUACAGUUGUGGUAAAACCAAAUGUGGAGGAGUUUAUGGAAAGCUCAGCUGUCUUUGAAGAUGGGACCGUAGAGGAGAACAUCGACAUGGUGGUCUUUGCUACCGGAUACACUUUCUCUUUUCCCUUCCUUGAAGAGUCUGUUCGCAACAACUGCAGAAGCAAGUACGCUCUUUACAAAUACAUCUUCCCACCCCCUCUGGAGAAGCCGACGCUGGCUGUCCUAGGCCUUAUAGAGCUAACAGGCUCCAUCAUGGCAGGAACAGAACUCCAGGCUCGUUGGGCCACAAGGGUCUUUAAAGGGUUGAAUCAGCUCCCUCCUGCCAGCAGGCUGAUGGCUGAAGUUGCCAAGAAGCAGCAGCAUCUAAUUAAACAGGGUCUUUCCAACAAGGAGAGCAAAAUCAAGACGAGUUACAUUGGCUACAUGGAUGAAAUUGCAUCAUGUGUUGGUGUAAAACCCAACGUGCCGCUGCUGUUCCUGAAGGAUCCCAAGCUGGCCCUGGAAGUUUUCUUUGGCCCAUGCACCCCUUGCCAGUAUCGCCUGGCUGGACCAGGAAAAUGGGUAGGAGCCAGAAACACCAUCCUGACCCAGUGGCACAGGGUUGUAAAGCCCCUGAGAACUCGGGUCAUCAAUGAUUCUUCCAAUCACUCUUUGGUUUUCCACUGGCUUACAAUUCUUGGCCUUCCUGCACUCCUUUGUGCUGGUUUACUUAUUUGUAAAUAUUCCCCUCAGCUGUGGUUCCCCAGGGUAAGAUUAGGUGUUUUUCCCAUAUGUAAAAUGGGCUUUAUGAAAGGAGGGCUCUGAGUAGCUGGUGAAGGUUCUAAGCUGUGCUGCUAGAAGACAAUAACUUCAAUGUCUGGAACCAUUCAUCAGUUCCAAAAAAUUCAGAGACUCUUCCAGCCCAGCUCAUCCCAAUCAGAUUGACACCGGAAACCACCCCUGGCCUCAGCACUUUGCGAAUACACACACUUGCUCUCCAGCUAAUAUGAAGUUGGACCUGAGGUCAACCGCUGGCUGAGGAAGCCCUGACAAUGCAGAUCCAGAGACAGCAACCGAGACUAUAGGGAUUGCCAACUUAAUCAAUGCCUCAGAUUAUUACAAUUGAGAUGUCAGAUGUUUCAUUUGUCGUUCACCAUUGACCCUGCUUGUUUACUGAUUACAUAUUGUUUGUCUUGGAUUAUGAAAAUAGACUAGUCACCUUCUCUUUUGUAUGGAGAGAAGUUGUAUAGAUAAGUUUCUAAUCACUUUGAUUUUCUGAUUCUUUCCCAUUGUGUGCUUGCUACCAGGUGUAGUGCUUACCUUAGCCGAUGAGCCACACUCUCUGGUGCCCUGCACCUUAAGUAGUUAUUUCCAACAAAUAAUUAUCUUGUCUCAUACCCCACUCAAAGUCAACCUGCGUUUGAUUUACUGCAAAGGCAAUGGAGCCUUCUGAAUUGGUUUUGUACUGGACAUAGAAUUUGUGCUGCAGCAGAAUUUCGGUGGCAUUUAUAGACCGUCCAUUAUGUCAAUAUGGGCAGCCACAAACCAUGAUACAUAUGACUCAACUUCCUGGAGGUCUUCGAGCCUUGAACAUCAUUGAUAAGAACACUGUGGCUUGGCUUGAUCAAAUUGCAUACAUAAAAUAAAUA